CAUUCUGAUGCGUGUCACAUCUUUCUGUCUUCAGCUAGAAAGAAGCUAAAAGGAGGCCAUGAUUUCUCAUAAUGUGAGAGCGUGUCUCACCGUGUAAUAUGUUGAAAUGCUUCUCCAGUCCCUGUUGGGUUGUAUCUUGCUACAUGCACUUCACAUUUGUGCAUGUCUUGCCUAAAGUGUUAAUUGCUAUUGGCUUGUGUAAUAAUGGCUUGUUUUUCUUUCUAGGAAAUGACCGAUCAAGUAUCUUCCUUAGGCAUUGAAAGGAACUUUCAUCAACGAUUAUCAUAAACCACGUCAAUUUCAUCAUAUUUAAUUUCCAAUGUUUGAUUGUAAGUUUAUAUUUCUCUAUCUUCAGAACGCUUCAAAGGUAAAGGAUCAGAUACCAGUGCUUGGAGAACCUUCGACAACUCCACCAGUUAUCUCUGAGGUAACCACGGUGACAACCAAUGAGCUGACAGUAUCGUUACCACCUACUCCUACCACCCCGCCACCUAUCAUCACCCAGCAGGAACCAAUCAAGGCAUCCAAGGAACAUAGAGAGAAACAUAUUCCGUGUUACAUGCCAAAGAAAAAUAUCAAAAAGGUAUGUGGAUUUACAUUUCCAACAAUUUUGUUAUAUCAAGAACUUGGUACAUUUACUAUAGACUUUUUAUUUCAAUACUUCAGAGUGAGUUGGUCAUCUUUGGUUCA